AAACACUGGAAGUAGCUUUACAUGUUACAACAUAAAGUAAAGAUGCUGAUGCGAUAGUUUUAAGAAUUUAAACUAUAUUCUGCAUGAACAUAAUGUUUGUAAAUACUUGGAUGUGGUUGUUUCUUUUGAUUUUACACGUUUUGGAAGCAGGUGUUUUUGCAGUAGAUAGCAAGCAGUUCAACAUAUUGUACUUAAUUGCUGAUGAUUUGAGACCAACAUUAGGCUGCUACUCUGAUCCGGUGGUCAAGUCUCCAAACAUCGACCAACUUGCAUCAGUGAGCACAGUGUUUCACAACGCCUAUGCACAGCAAGCUGUUUGUGGACCUAGUAGGGUGUCUUUCCUUACAAGUCGAAGACCAGACACCACAAAGCUGUAUGAUUUUAACUCCUACUGGAGAGUUCAUGCAGGGAACUACACUACACUUCCUCAGUACUUCAAGUCUAAUGGAUACACCACUUUAUCAGUUGGCAAAGUCUUCCAUCCUGGCAUUGCCUCCAACCACUCGGAUGAUUACCCGUACAGCUGGUCUGUACCGCCAUAUCAUCCACCCUCUUUUAAAUAUGAAAAGAGGAAGGUUUGCAAAGAUAAAGAUGGCACACUGCACAGUAAUUUACUGUGUGCCGUGGAUGUGUCUGAGAUGCCUUUAGGAACCCUUCCUGACAUAGAGAACACAGCAGAGGCUAUCCGACUCCUGGAGUCUAUGAAGGACUCUCACCAUCCAUUCUUCCUGGCUGUUGGCUUCUAUAAGCCACAUAUUCCUUUCAGAAUCCCACGGGAGUACCUAAAGCUCUAUCCUAUCGAGAGUAUGACGCUGGCUCCAGACCCAGAUGUUCCCAAGAAACUUCCUAAUGUGGCCUACAACCCUUGGACUGACAUCCGCAAGAGGGAAGAUGUUCAGGCGUUAAAUCUGAGCUUUCCUUACGGCCCCAUUCCUAAAGACUUUCAGAUUAGGUCACAUUUACAUUAUGCCUUAAAUCAAAGAAACUGCCAGCAAAGACUUUCUGAAAUGAUUGUUCUGUGUGAUUCUGGGUAGUUUUCUCACGGUUAACUCUCUCUCUCUCUCUCUCUCUCUCUCUCUCUCUCUCUCUCAGGUUGGUCAUUAGGAGAACACGGCGAGUGGGCCAAAUACAGCAACUUUGAUGUGGCCACCCGAGUGCCAUUGAUCAUGUACAAGCCAGGUGUGACCUCACCUUUCCCUCGGCCUGUGGAGAAGACGUUCCCCUUCAUUGAUGUGUUUCAGGGCACACGGGAGCAGUUUGGCAAAGGUCGAGGAGUUGAGAGGGUGGUGGAGCUGGUGGAUGUCUUCCCCACGCUGUCGCACCUGGCUGGGUUGAGUCCUCUGCGCCACUGCCCAUCCUCAUCCUUUAAGAUCGAGCUCUGCACCGAAGGCUCAAACCUGGCCAAUCUUAUCCGCAACCCAGAGAGAGAGCUCAACAGAGAAGCCUACUCAUUCAGCCAGUACCCUCGACCCUCCGACUCCAUCCAGGAGAACUCGGACCUGCCCGACCUCGCCGACAUCCGCAUCAUGGGCUACUCCAUUCGCUCCACUGACUACCGCUACACCUUAUGGGUGGGCUUUGACCACGUCCGCUGUCAGCCUAACAUGACGGACAUUCACGCGGGAGAAAUGUACCUCCUGGCUGAAGAUCCGGGAGAGGACAAUAAUGUGUUUGAUGAAUUCGACCACACUACAGUAUUGCGUAAGCUCGGCAUGCUGCCGUCAUGGACAGAGAGUUUAAAGCAUCAUGUAAUGUAUCUCAGCAGCGGGUUAAAAUCAAAAGGGAUUCUGUGAUUCCAAUUUGUCAUGAUAUGACAGUAAAGAGAACAUGAAUGAAUGUUACAAAACCAAAAAAACAUGUCUGGUCAUACUUCAUCAAAAACUGACAGGAAGAAUUAAAAAGUUACAUUUUGCUUAAAGCCUAUUUUAGGAUUUUUUUUUUUUUUUGGCAUUCCUGACAUAUUGUCAUUAUAACUACCUCACAAUUCUCAUAAUCAAAAUCCUAAUAAUCUUGCAUUCUC